CGGCCGCAGCGGCGGGGGCGGGGCCAGCCUCACCCGGAAUGAAAAUAAACGGCGGCCGCUGCCGCAUCCGGGCACUCGGCGGGUCGCGGCGGGCGCGGUGGUGGCGCAGAAUGGCGCAAAAGAAAUAUCUCCAAGCAAAAUUGACCCAGUUCUUAAGGGAAGACAGAAUUCAACUUUGGAAACCUCCAUAUACAGAUGAAAAUAAAGAAGGCGGUUUGGCAUUGAAGUUUUCUGAUUUUGCUUCACAGGACCUUUCUAAGAAGUACUCUGACAGGCUAGAAUGUUGUGAAAAUGAAGUAGAGAAGAUAAUCGAAGAAAUACGUUGCAAAGCAAUCGAGCGUGGCACAGGAAAUGAAAAUUAUAAAACAACAGGAAUUGCUACAAUUGAGGUCUUUUUGCCUCCACGGCUAAGAAAAGAUAGGAAAAACCUGUUGGAGACGCGGCUGCACAUCACUGGCAGAGAACUGAGGUCGAAAAUUGCUGAAACCUUUGGAUUUCAAGAAAAUUACAUCAAAAUUGUCAUAAACAAGAAACAGCUUCAACUCGGGAAAACCCUUGAGGAACAAGGCGUGACGCACAACGUGAAAGCCAUGGUGCUUGAACUCAAACAGUCCGAAGAGGAUGUGAGGAAACACUUCCAGGUUGAGGAGGAAGAGCAAAAUGAAGCUGAGCUCAAGGAAAAAAGGAUCCAGAGGACCAAGAGAGGCCUGGAGAUACUGGCAGAGAGAGCUGAGAUGGUGGUGGAUCCAGAAACCACACCGUAUUUAGACAUAGCCAACCAGACGGGCAGAUCAAUCAGAAUUCCUCCGUCAGAAAGAAAGGCGCUUAUGUUAGCUAUGGGAUAUCAUGAGAAGGGCAGAGCUUUCCUGAAAAGAAAAGAAUAUGGAAUAGCCUUGCCGUGUCUGCUGGAUGCUGACAAAUAUUUCUGCGAGUGUUGCAGGGAGCUGCUGGACACCGUGGACAACUACGCCGUGCUGCAGCUGGACAUCGUGUGGUGCUACUUCCGCCUGGAACAGCUGGAAUGCCUUGACGACGCGGAAAAGAAAUUAAACUUGGCUCAGAAAUGCUUUAAGAAUUGUUAUGGAGAAAACCACCAGAGACUGGUCCACAUAAAAGGGAACUGUGGGAAAGAGAAGGUAUUGUUUUUAAGACUUUACUUGCUUCAAGGUAUCCGAAAUUAUCACAGUGGAAAUGGCGAAGAGGCUCGUGACUAUCUCAACAAGGCACGCCAGCUCUUUAAAGAGUUAUAUAUCGAUCCGUCGAAAGUUCACAAUCUGUUGCAGUUGGGGUUUACUGCCCAGGAAGCCCGGCUUGGCCUCAGGGCCUGUGACGGGAACGUGGACCACGCGGCAGCCCACAUCACCAACCGCAGAGAGGAAUUGGCCCAAAUAAGGAAAGAGGAAAAAGAAAAGAAAAGACGCCAGCUGGAGAGUAUCAACUCUUUGAAAGGAAUGGGCUACUCCACUCACGCGGCCAAGCAGGCCCUGCAUCAGGCCGGCGGGAACCUGGAUGAAGCCCUGAAGAUUCUUCUCAGUAAUCCUCAGAUGUGGUGGUUAAAUGAUUCAGAUCCUGAAACCAGCAGCCAUCAAGAAAGUCCUUCCCAGGAAAACAUCGAGCAGCUGGUGUACAUGGGCUUCGACGCGGUGGCGGCUGACGCCGCCCUGAGAGUGUUCAGGGGGAACGUGCAGCUGGCGGCCCAGACCCUGGCCCACAAUGGGGGGAGUCUUCCUCCGGACCUGCAGCUCGCGGCCGAAGACGCUUCCUCCACGCCGUCCACGUCCCCUUCCGACUCCGCAGGUACCUCUAGUGCCUCAACAGAUGAAGAUAUGGAGACAGAAGCCGUCAAUGAAAUAUUGGAAGAUAUUCCGGAACACGAAGAAGAUUACCUUGACUCAACUCUGGAAGACGAAGAAAUAAUUAUUGCAGAGUACUUAUCCUAUGUAGAAAACAUAAAGUCGGCAACCAGGAAAAACUGAAUAAUGAGCAGAAAUACGUACUGAGUUUCUGCUUAUAAAUUCUAUCAUUAUGAAAAGUC